AUGGGUAACACAGGUUCUUGUUCUUGUGCUACUUUUCAGAUUUUUAAUGACAAAGUAAUCAAGGCUAAGAACAAAACCGCAACGCUUUUGGACACUUGCGGUAACGUUCGUGACAUCAAGUUACCUAUGAAAUCGGCGGAGCUAAUGAUUGAACUUAUCGGCUACGUCAUCACUCCGGUGGAGGUACUCCUUAAAACGCGACGGAUCACGGCCUUGCGUGCCGAUGAGGAGCUUGUAUCCGGGAAGGUUUACCUGCUGGUGCCGGUGAGUAGGGUGAAUUGCAAGGCCUCUGAGUUUGAGAUUGCGGUUGCGGAGAGAGGGAGUGGGAAAAGAAAGGGAAAUAAAACGGCGAAAGUUUCACCGGUGUCAAAGUUAACGGAAAAUGACGGAGGUGUUUACUGUGUGCGGCAAAGACGAUGGAAUCCUGUUCUGGAUCCAAUUUUUGAAUCUUCUUGA